AUGGAGGGGGUGGAGGUGGAGGUUAUGGAGGAGAAGGAGGUGGGAUUUGGAGGUGGGGGUGGAUUUGGAGGUAGGGGUGGAGGUGGUGGAUGGUUACAGAGGAGAGGUAAAGGCAAUCAACCUUUGCAUCUAUCACAGGGUCCUUUGUUAGAGGGGGGAACUAAAGCAGGAGUGAGGGGUGUGGGUGGAGAUGGGGGAGGUAAAGGGGGAUACCAAGGUACCAUAGUUAGAGAGGAGGGAGCUAUAGGUAAAGGAGUAGAUCCUAUGGAUAUGGGCAAGGGAGCUAUAGGUGGAGGAGGAUAUGGAUGGGAUGGAGGUGGAGGUGAUGGAGGGGGUGGAGGUUAUGGAGGAUAA